AGGUCUCUUCAUCUUAUUAAUCAAUCCCUUUUCUGUUACACCCUCCUUUUCUUCUUUAUCAAAGGAAAAAAAGCUCACGUAACAGAAAGGUUAAGUGCUCUUACUAUUGUAAUGGCAACCCAAAUUACACGAACCCCGAAAAACAGAAAUACAUCAAGGGCAUUGGUAUCUAUAUCAGGGCCUGCAUACACGGUCGCUGUUGGUGGUGCUCCAAGAGGUUCUAAAGCCAAAAGCAAGAGGUACAUCAUAUCAAGUUCUCAAUGCACUACUGGAGAAAAAUGUCGUAUUCUCUCACGUUAUCUCAGACCUCCAUUGGGUUCUUGUCAUGAUUUGUGUAAACAUGGUAUAGAAAAUGAAUUGCUAGAACUAAAGAGACCUACAAGAAGGUCGGGAUCAAGAAAAAGGCCAGUCAUCAAGAAGAAAAUCAUUAAAAUGACUGAAGUUCCUGCGGAGAGAACCAAGAUAACAAAAUCAAAGCCUAAACCUUCUCGUGGUCCUAUUUUCCGUGGAACUGCUGAAUGUGUCAACGUCAUGAAGUGGGAAAACUCGAUACCAUCUAAAAAAGGUGGAGUUUCAAAAAGCAGUUCAACGACGCAACAUGAGCUCAAUAUACCUAAAAGGCGUAAUCUUUCUUUUAAUUCUUUGGCACGAUUAAAUGGACAAAAACUUGAAAAAGACUCCAAGACUACUAAAACUACAAGAAUGGUACGUAAAUCAACUUCUGUAGAAAGAGUAUCCCCCAAGGCUACUCGGACUGGAUCGUUGCCCAAGAACCAUAAGUUUGGGUCUCCUGUACAGAAUCAAAAUAGAAUUACAAAAAACAAACUCAAAAAGUUGAUUGCCGAGAAGGUUCAGGAAAUGACCUUGCAUGAAGCUGAGAGAACAGAGUUGGAAUUUGUUGCUCCAACUGUUGAAAUAGUUGAGUGUCCUCCAACUCUACCUACAGAAUCAACCAACCUUCCAAAUUCUGAAAGUUCACAAUCAGCUUCUGAUGAACAAGAUGUAAGCUUGAAGUCUCAGCAUGAUGAUGACAAAGCAGUUUCAGAAGAAGAAUGUGAAUACACUGGUACCGAAGAAGUUGUCUAUGAAGAUGAUUAUGAAAUAGAAACUUCAGAAGGGAAUUGCAAUUUUAGGGUGGUAAUUUGUGAAGACAAAGAUGGGGGGUAUAAAGUAAAGUUCAGGAAGGGAAGGAUUGUUGAAUUCGAGUCUGGGGAUAGUGGUCCGAGGAGGCUCAAAUUUAGGAGAGGGAAAGUCCUAGAUGAUAAUGGGGAAGAGCAGAUUGGUAGAAUAAGGUUUAGAAAGAGAGUUGAUGAAGCAAGAAAUGAUUCUUGUCACGACUCAAAAACAGUUACAUUGAAGCAUCAAGAGAUGCAAAGGAAAGAAGCUCAGGAAUUGUUUAAUCGUGUAAUAGAAGAAACAGCAAGUAAGCUAGUGGAGAGCAGGAAGACAAGGGUAGGGGCAUUGGUGGGUGCUUUUGAAACAGUCAUCUCUCUUCAACCUACCUCUGAAUGAUAAGCAUCAUUUUUGCAGGACUUGACCUUUUUGUACAUGAACUAUAGAAUAUAGAUGAAGAGGGCGGUUUGAGGGGACGGUUGGUUUUGUAUAAGGGAAGAAAGGUUGAUGUACUCAGGAACUGUUUGUGCCGUGCUCUAUUGUGAUUUAUUAAAGGUUUGUGGUUGCUUGAUAUUGAGUUUUUGAAUACUUGUGCUUAUAGACAAAAGCUCAUGAAUUAAUAAAAACUUCCAUAAUGGUUUA